GUAGACCUCUUGGGGACUCUGCGAGCCAAAUCAAUGGCAUCUUCUACUACAGUACCUCUAGGAUUUCACUGUGAAACAAAGUAUGUCAUUCUCAGCUACUUGGGACUCCUCUCUCAGGAGAAGCUACAAGUGCAACGGCUUCCCUUACCCCAAGGGAUUCAACUAGAUGUAGCUUCACAAUCUCUGGACCCAGAAGCUUUAUUGAAAGUUAAAUCUGAAAUUGAAGAAGAGCUAAAAUCCCUGGACAAAGAAAUUUCUGAAGCCUUCACCAGCACAGGCAUUGAUCAUUACACUUCUCCCGUGUUCAGCCCUGCUAACCCAGAAAGCUCAAUGGAAGAUUGCUUGGCCCAUCUUGGAGAGAGAGUGUCCCAAGAACUGAAAGAACCUCUGCAUAAAGCAUUGCAAAUACUCCUCAGCCAGCCAGUGACAUAUCAGGCAUAUCGAGAAUGUAUACUGGAGACUGCAGUUCAUGACGGUGGCUGGAAUAAGAUUUUGGUGCCUCUGAUUUUGUUACAACAAAUGCUUUUGGAGUUGACAAGACAUGGUCAAGAGCCUUUGAGUGCAUUGCUGCAGUUUGGCGUGACAUAUCUGGAGGACCAUGCAGCAGAGUACAUCAUUCAGCAAGAUGGCUGGGGCACUGUCUUCAGUCUUGAGUCCGAGGAGAAGGAGUAUCCUGGCAUCGCUGCAGAAGACAGCAAUGACAUUUACAUCCUGCCCAGUGACAACUCUGGACAAGUCAGCCCCCCAGAGUCUCCAACCGUAACAACCUCUUGGCAGUCAGAAAGCCUGCCUGUCUCAAUGUCAGCGAGCCAGAGCUGGCAUACAGAAAGCCUCCCAGUGUCCCUCGGCCCUGAGUCCUGGCAGCAGAUUGCAAUGGAUCCUGAAGAAGUCAAAAGCUUGGAUAGCAACGGAGCUGGAGAGAAGAGUGAGAACAACUCUUCCAACUCUGAUAUUGUGCAUGCAGAGAAAGAAGAGAUCCCUGAGGGUGCGGAGGAGGUGGCCAGGGCUGCUUCUUCUGCCUUCCCUACCAGGGAGCCACAAGAGGCUUUGCCCGGAGCCCCUGCUCCCUUGCUUCCACACAUCACUGCCACUUCUUUGCUGCAGACAAGGGAACCUGACCCAGAAGUGAUCACAAUUGAGGAAGUCAGCACUGCUCUGACUCUGUUCGUAGAACUCAGUGAAGAAGAGCUAUUAAUUGAUGGCAAAGUUGUUUUGGCUUUACUUAGCUAUAUUAAAAAGCCUGAGAAACACAAAGUAAUGGAAUGGUCUGCCGCACAGUACGAAGAAUUACAACUGCAUGCAAUUGCGACUUUGUCGUCAGUUGCUCCCUUGUUAAUAGAAGAGUACCUGUCAUGCCAGGGAAACGCUCGAGUCCUGGCAUUUCUAGAAUGGUGUGAGAGUGAAGAUCCCUUCUUUAGUCAUGGUAACAGUUUUCAUGGUACAGGUGGCCGUGGCAACAAGUUCGCACAGAUGCGUUACACUUUAAGACUCCUGAGAGCCAUGGUCCACCUUGAAAAUGAGACUGUGAACACAGAUCUUUGUGAAAAGGGAACAAUCCAGCAACUGAUAGGAAUCUUUAAAAAUAUUAUAAGCCAUCCUAAUGAAAAAGAAGAGGCCAUUGUUUUAGAAAUCCAGUCUGAUAUAUUACUUAUCUUAUCUGGUCUUUGUGAACAUCAUAUUCAAAGGAAGGAAAUUUUGGGAACUGAAGGAAUAGAUAUAAUUCUUCGUGUAAUGAAAACAGAUCCCAAGAAGUUACAGAGUGACUUAGGCUACAAUGUACUUCUUUUUAGUACACUGGACAGCAUUUGGUGCUGCAUUUUGGGGUGUUAUCCCUUAGAAGAUUACUUUCUUGAAAAAGAAGGCAUUUUUCUCCUGUUGGAUGUUUUGGCUUUAAACCAAAAAAAAUUCUGCAAUCUAAUACUUGGAAUAAUGGUUGAAUUUUGUGAUAAUCCCAAAACUGCGGCUCAUGUCAAUGCUUGGCGAGGGAAGAAGAAUCAGACAGCUGCUAGUCUUUUAAUUAAAUUGUGGAGAAAAGAAGAAAAAGAACUAGGAGUAAAGCGUGAUAAAUAUGGGAAGAUCAUUGAUACAAAGAAACCUCUAUUGACUGGUUUUCAAGAAGAGCAAAAAGUCAUGCCUCUGCCCGCUAACUGCCCGUCAAUUGCAGUCAUGGAUGUUGCUGAGAAUAUCAGAGCAAAAAUAUAUGCUGUGCUGGGCAAACUAGAUACAAACAACACAUAAGCAAAGAGAAUUGGCUAAUAAAUCAUGGGAAAAUUUCUUGGCUAGAACAUCAAAUACUAAAACAUUAAAGAAAGCAAAAAGGCUGCAAGAAAAGGCUAUAGAAUCCUCUAAGUACAAUGAGCGACCACAAAAUGCAAUACUUCACCCAACGGUUAUUAAAGGCCUUAACACAACGAUUCCCUCUGGUCGAGUAGUAACAGUGGAAAGCACUCCUGUCAGAUUGCUGGGAGGACCUCUGGCUGACACAGACAUUGCUCUUAAAAAGCUGCCUAUUCGAGGAGGAGCCUUGCAGAGAGUGAAAGCAGUUACAACUGUGAAUGAGGCAAAAAAGAGUUUUCCUAUUUAGCACACUUUAGAGACUUUUUGAAAUAAAUCCUUCUUAUAAUUUUUUAGGUAAAUGUAUCUUUAUAUACAAAUGUAAAGCAGACAUUUUAGAAUAAAUAUUUUAGUAAAAUGCCAUAAAAAAUAAAAAGGACACAGGAUUUAUUUUUUGGAAAAGAUCAACACAUAAUAUCAAAAACAUCAUCAAUUUCUUUGGAAAGACUGCAAAUUCUCUUAACUGAAAUUAUGAAUCUGGUGGAUAAAUUAGGACUCUUGCAUUUGAACUACUCCAGGUACUUUAGCCAAAAAAAAAAAAAAUUAGAGGUUCUGUAUCUGUCAGAUCUAGGAAUAUUUUAGACCCUUGACUGCCCGCUCCUGAGUGACUGAUCAUGACUUUGGCCAGAUCUGUGCACUGCCUGUUGGAGCCAGAAGCAGGCCAACACCACCCAGUACAUUUAUUUGGGCGUAGUGGGGAAUGAAGGUACUGAUCUCAGAAGUAUAAACUAACACUAGGCAGCAAUAAAUAUUCUGUUCAUGGUCAAAUAACAUGUAUCUGCUGGAAAAGGCAAAUGUUAAUCAUGAACUAAACAAUAAAAAUACAAAUAUA